AUGUGUUGGGAUGGUCUAGAAUUUAGAAAAGCCCAUAUGUCCGCCCGGAGAAGAAAUUUAUGGCUUCUGACUGACACUACAGUUAUUCGUCGGAAUAGCGUUUCGGCCUGCUCUGCACCGGCCUCUCUCUUUCUCUCUCUGUCUCGCUCUCACCAAAUCCUCAAUUGAUUCUCCGCACCUUUAUCGGUUGUUUAAAAAAUGGCGCGCUUACCUAUACUCCAGUUCGAAGAAAAUAUUGCGGAAACGGUGGAGAAAAAUCCUGUCGUCGUUAUAAUCGGAGAAACCGGUUCCGGUAAAAGCACGCAACUUUGUCAAAUUCUUCAUCGAAGAGGUUACACAAAAUCCGGUUGUAUAGCUGUUACUCAGCCGCGUCGUGUGGCUGCCGUUUCAGUAUCUCGGCGUGUUGCACAGGAGCUCAAUGUUAAUCUUGGGGAGGAAGUAGGAUAUGCCAUACGCUUUGAAGAUCGAACUUCAGAGAAAACACUUAUCAAAUACCUAACAGAUGGAGUUCUUCUUCGUGAAAGUCUUUCCAAUCCAGAGUUGAGCAACUACUCAGUCAUUAUAUUGGAUGAAGCUCAUGAGAGGAGCUUGAACACGGAUAUAUUGCUUGGAUUGAUGAAACGCUUGAUUAAGUUACGGCUAUCCAAUUUAAAGGUCCUAGUCACUUCAGCUACUCUGGAUGGUGAAAAAGUAUCCAAAUUCUUCUCUGGUUGCCCAAUCGUUAAUGUCCCUGGGAAGUUGUUCCCCGUUGAGAUAAAAUAUAGCCCAGAAAGGCCCAAAAAUUAUCUUGAAGCUUCCUUAAAAACUGCCAUUGAUAUACACAUUCAAGAACCUGAAGGUGAUAUCUUAAUUUUCAUGACUGGACAGGAUGAUAUAGAGAAAUUGGUCUCGAAAUUGGAAGAAAGAAUCCAAAACUUGGAGGAAGGUUCUUGUAUGGAUGCUAUAAUUCUUCCACUUCAUGGGUCUUUACCUCCUGAAUUGCAGGUCCGUGUCUUCAGUCCUCCACCUCCCAAUUGCCGUCGGAUUAUAGUUUCUACAAACAUAGCUGAGACUUCUUUGACUGUUGAUGGUGUAGUGUAUGUAAUUGACUGUGGUUUCGUGAAGCAACGGCAGUACAAUCCAUCAACUGGCAUGUAUUCUCUUGAUGUUGUUCAAAUUAGCAAAGUGCAGGCUAAUCAGCGCGCAGGAAGAGCUGGAAGAACAUCCCCUGGGAAGUGCUACCGUCUGUAUCCUUCUUUGGUUUACAAAGAUGAUUUUCUGGAUGCUACAAUCCCUGAAAUUCAGAGAUCAUCUCUUGCUGGAAGUGUCCUCUAUUUAAAAUCAUUAGACCUACCAGACAUUGAUAUCCUCAAGUUCAAUUUUCUUGACCCACCUUCCUCUGAGGCUUUGGAAGAUGCCUUGAAGCAGUUGUACCUCAUUCAUGCCAUUGAUGACGAUGGUUCCAUUACCAGUCUUGGACGAACGAUGGCUGAACUUCCACUGGAGCCGUCACUGUCAAGGACCUUGCUAGAGGCAAAUGAGUAUGGUUGCCUCUCUGAUGCUUUGACAGUUGUUGCAAUGUUAUCUGCAGAAACUACAUUGCUUUUAGGCCAAAGGGGCUCGGACGCAUUGCUUCUGACAACAACAUUUGGUGGCAAUGUUGUUGUCUCGGAGUCAGGAACACAGUGUUGGUGGCAUUGUAGUAAGGGCGGUGAAAAGAAGCGAAAGCACACUCCAAGUCUUCCUGAUGGUUCUGGCUGGGGUGACCACAUCCAGCUAUUGCAAAUCUAUGAUCUUUGGCAUCAAACUGAUUACAGCAUAGAUUGGUGUAGAGAAAACAACUUACAGGUGAGGGGAAUGAAGUUUGUCAAAGAUGUCAGGAAACAGUUAUCCCAAAUACUGCAGAAAAUUGCUAAAGGAUCGAUGGAUGUGAAACUUAGGAAACGCAGGGAAGAGCAAGAUUACAGAGCCUUGAGAAAAGCACUGUGUAUUGGUUAUGGUAAUCAGCUUGCCGAGCGGAUGAUUCGUCACAACGGCUACCGCACACUUGGCUUGAAGUCACAGUUAGUUCAGGUACAUCCCUCAUCAGUGCUAAAACCAGAUGAAGAUGGAAUGCUUCCAAAUUAUGUUAUCUAUCAUGAACUAAUCGCUACUGCUCGAGCGUACAUGAGGAAUGUAUGUGCUGUUGAAAUGCACUGGGUGAGGCCAAUUCUAUCAAAACUUGAGAAUCUUAAUGUCAACAAGCUCAGUGGUGGAACAAGUCGAUCGCACGAACAGGCUCAAACCGAAAAUUUAGAGUUGCGGAAUGAAAAUGUUAGUGCCAAGGCUGCAGAUGACCGUGAUAGCAGAAUUUUGGCUGCUCGGGAACGUUUUCUUUCCCGUAAGAGGAACAAAUGAUUAUGACAUUCUAUGAUGUGAUGCCGUCCUGUGCAGUGAUGCGUGGAAUUCACACUCACACUCGUUAAGGGUGCCAGUCCAGAGGACUUUGGUGGAAUGUCGAUUGAACUCAGCUGGUGCACAAGUAAGUGUUGUAGUAGACUACGGGUAGAAUGAAUGAAUAUUAAUUGAUAGGAGGAUGAGGAUUAAUUAGCAGCGGCAUGGAGUAUCAGACUAGUUCAAUUCAAGGUCAGUUGAGUGAGUGGUGUCUUUGUUUUGUUUUUUUAUUAUGACGUGAGAACCCGCAGCCACUAUCCGAAAGUAGGCACGGGAUAAAUUCCCGACCGAGCCUAAUACCCUGCAAACUAGGCCCGACAAGCAAGUCGCAUUAGGCGAACUACGUGUGGCAGGUGUCUUCCUUGAUUAGGCAAAGAGAGGAAGAGGGAGAUGAAUCAUGACAUGAAGUAAGUAUUAUUAACUCCUCAUCCUACACUCGCAUCUCUUGUGUUUGGCCAUUUCAGAGAUUGAGUGGUGUGGUGCGGUCUGGUCUGGUUUGAUUUGUGUCUGACGAGACACACUUGUAGUGUUGCUCUCUCUUGCUCUUG